AUGUCCUCGAGUUGUACCAGCGCCCCCACCAAGCGCAAGAAGCCAACAGUCGACCCGGCACGCGAACUCGGACAACGACAGACUGCAGCACUCGAAGAACUUCGUCUCUUCCGCACGACUCUCGACUCGCUCAAGGCUCGCCUGCCGGCCAUCGAGUUCUUCAUCGCCAACUCGAACUUGAAGGACGAAGACUCGGCCGAACUCGACGCGAUCGUGAAGACGUUUGGCGACCCGGUCACCGAGUUGACAGGUUCUCGAGAACCGCUGGCGUCUACUUCUACCGCUCCUAUCGGCUCUGAACCCCCGACGAAGCGCACGAGGCUUCUACCGCCGAAGCAGGAGCCGGACGAAGGCGAGGCGGGAGUCGAGGCGAGCGUCAAUCUCGAGUUCUUCGCUCUUGGUCGACCCCGAGUGUGGACAGAGUCGAAUGUCGCGGCGGCACCCUCGAACGAAGACGAUGGCCUGUCCUCGCCGUCGCAUCGUCUCGCCAUUCUUCCGCCUGAGGGUCAGCCCGAGUCGCCGGUCUCGAUGUUCCCCAACGGACAGGCGCUCUUCGACGCUGCACCGACGCCCGACCAGGAAGACAUCGUUUUCCACCAGGGACUCGAGCGCUAUGGCUUCCACCACGCCGUUGUCCAUGCCCCGACCUUCUGGUCGCAUCUCGCCGCCUUCCGAAACCUCGGCGACGACCGGUUCGAGCGUGCUUCGCUUGCGUGGCUGAGCCUUUACUUCGCUUUGCUGGCUGUCAGCGCGAAGUUGGUAGAUCGAGAACAGCAGGACGCGAUGGGAUGGACCGAGGCCGAAACGAGCGGAGCAGCCAGUCGAUGGUUCACGUGCUCAAUCGCCUGCCUGUAUCGCCACAACUUCCUCCAGCUUCACGACUUCUCCUGCCUCCAAGCCAUCGCCGUCCUCGUCUUGUCCGGCCGCGACGCCGGUUCUGCCACCCUCAUCGCCUCGCUCCUCUCCGCCGGUCUCUCCAUCGCGCAAGACAUGGGCCUGCAGCGCCUUCCGUCUGACGAACAGUGGAAGGAGGCGAUGAAGGGCAAGCCGGCCGGCGUGCGCGCAAAGGCGCUCAUCGACCGCGAGAUCAGGAAGAGGGUUGUCUGGGCGCUCGUGCACUCGGAGUGGUUCGCGAUCCCGUUCAAGGGAUACUCUCUGCUGUCUCGAGCGCAGAUCGUCACGCCUCUUCCGCUCAACGCGACGAACGAGGACCUUGCAACGGGCGAGCUCGUCAAUCGGCCGCGAGACGAGUACACCGAUGCUUCCUGGCUGCUGCAAUACGUCGAAAUCGGGUCCCACAUGGCCAAUGCAUUCGAGUCGACCCGUUCGGAGAAGACGACCGCGUCGCAAGCGUAUCAGCGGUUCAUCGACGAGGACAAGCAGCUAGAGGGGAUGCUCGCCAACCUGCCGGCUUGGCUGCGCCCUGGUGGACCUACGACCGGCAUGCCCGACUGCGCUGAUAUCAUGCGCAGCACCUACCGAAUCGCGCUCCAGCACAAGAUCCUCUCCAUCCACCGACCCUUCCUCGCCAAGCCGUCUCGCGCCACGACGCACACCUUCUCCCGUCGCCGCGUCAUCGAGUCCGCCCGUGCGAUCCUGCGAGAGGCGCCCGCCUGCCGCAACGUCCGCAUCUGGACCGUCAUCUACCACAUCUCCGUCGCCUCGUUCAGUCUCACGCUCGAGCUGUACGAGCAGCUCAAGAAUCCAACUGCGGACAACGAGGCGAUUCGAAACGAGAUCCAUCAGGCGUUGCCGACGCUCGAAGGACUCAAGGCGGCGAGCGCGAUUGCCGAGCGCGGGCUUGGGCUCGUCUUGCCCUUGCUCGCGGACGAGAAGCGCUUGCGAGAGGAGGGUGCAGGGCGGAAAGAGCGGAGGAAGGGCAAAGGUGUCGCUCCGACCACCCCGAUGGGCCCGGCCGCCACGUCUCGGAACGGCAUCGAGUCAACGCUCGACUCGGCUGCGACUACAACGCCUUUCGCUGCGUCGGCGUCGCCCACCUCGCCCUUCACCGCUCUCCCGGACACGAACGGUACCGGUUCUCCCUUUGGCCACGCUUCCGAUCCUUCCACUUUCCCUUUCCCGUCUCCCUCCGCUUUCGACGCUCCGGCCGGCGGGAUGCCUCCUCAGGGAUACCCUUAUCCCGUCCCACCGUGGUUCUACGGCGAGCACUACCUCUACUCUCACCUCAGUACGCUCGAUGGCGCACCGGGCGGAGCGGGUCCUUCCGCUUCGAUGCCGCAGAUGUCGAGCGGCGCGCCGUAUAGCUCGUUCCCGGGCAUGGCCGGUCUCGGGCUUGGAGGAGGAGCGGGGAUGGCGACGUCGGGAGGAGCGGGAAUUGGCGGAGGACCAUCAGGUUGGGCGUUGCCGCCUCUUCCUCCUGCUGCGUUUGGCUCAGCGCUCGGAUGGGAUUGGAGCAGUCUCGGUGGAGCAGGAGGAGGACCGGGAUCGGCGGGCGGACAGGCGGGCGAGGGCUCGCCGGCUGGCUCAGGUCGUGAGGGGGAUGGAUUGUAA